AUGACCAGCGGUGCAUCUUCUCAUCAACAAGCAAAAACAAAUCAACCUUUAUCACCUAAGGAGUUUUUUCAUAAGCUUUACGGCGAUUUAGAUAAUAAGCCCUGUCAAGAAGAAGUCAAACACACAUCGGCAUCCAUUAAAACAAUUGACAACGAGUUGAUUACACCAAUACCAAUACUAGCGCCAUCGACUUUACCUUUUCUUCUACCUCAUGCUAGCGAAUCACAGUUAGCUGUAGCGGCUGCGGGUUUAUCGGCCUUCCUUGCUAGAAGGCGAAGGAAAGAAGGAAGACCACGACGCCAAAGAACAACUUUUAGCAGUGAUCAAACAUUGAGAUUGGAGAUAGAAUUCCAAAAGUCAGAAUAUAUCAGUCGGGGACGGAGAUGUGAACUAGCGGAAUCGCUUAGGUUGUCAGAAACGCAGAUAAAAAUUUGGUUCCAGAAUAGGAGAGCUAAGGACAAAAGGAUAGAAAAGGCACACAUUGAUCACCAUUACAGAAAAUUGCUGGGUGUGCUUCCUACAAGUAUAUGUCCUAUAUGCGCUGACAGUCCAUGCUAUCAUGCAUCCCCAUUAUUACAAAACCAAUAUAAUGUACCUCGAACCAAUAGUCUGCAGUACGAAGACGAAAUAAAUAUUCAAAAUGAUCCACAAUAA